AUGCCGGGACGACUCGCAAGAUGGAAUCCGGAGCAGAAUUGGAGCUAUAAGCCCAUCAAGCGGGCAUGGCGGAAGCGCGCCCCCAUGUUCUGGAUAAUGCCCCUCGAGCUGGCCGGCACCGUCUCCCUGCUGGUUCUCUUCGGCAUCGCACAGCCAGACCUGUUCCGCACCCAGCUCUGGCGUAUUGGCUACGUUUGGGGCUUCAACUCGAAUCCGGCCAUCCUCCUCUACGCCAAGGCGAACCAUGAACCCGCUCCUAAGCUGCCCUUAGUAUGGGCCGAGACCCUCACAAACUUCAAUGUCGCCAUCUCCGUGCUCUCCCUCUUCGUCCUCGUCGCCAAGCUGAUCGGCUUCAUCAUGCGCGUCUGGACCCCCAUCGUCGGCGUCUUCUUCAGCCUUGCCAUGUCCGCCUUGUACACGGUCAGUGUCUACGGCCAGAUGGGGCCUGACUAUAUCGACCCGAAGCGCCCGAGCCCCAUCGCGUGGUACAUCCGCUACGGGUGCUGGCCCGCCGAGGGCUUCCAGAACGACGCGGUCCGGAGCUGCCAUCUGGCCAAGGGCACCUUUGCGGUCACCGUGAUUCAACUAUGCGUCUACCUCUUCUGCCUCGGCCUCGCGGUCUACAGCAUGAUCCCCACCAAGGAGGAGAAGGAGGAGAUGAAGCUGCAGAAGAACAUGAAGGGCUCCGACGACGAGUCCGAGAGAAGCACCCCCGUCGACAAGGUCGUCUUCGAGAUGCAGCCGGCGCCAAAGGCGCAGGACUACCAGAACUACCCGACCUAUCCAACCUAUCAGAACUACCAACAAAGCCAAUCGCCCUUCACGCCGAGGACUCAGGCCUUCAACGCGCUGGACAGGAAACUGCCUCUGCGGGGGUACCAGUAG